AUAAACUCUUAUUCUGUGUUACGAUACUCUUUCAACACGAAACAUAUCGUAAAAUGGGGUCGCUCUCAUAUCAGUCCAAGCUGGUUUCUUUUGAUGAAUCCCGAGGAACCGGAUGCUUCACGACACUUCCCAUUCGUGUCCAUUCUCGAAAUGAUCUAGCUGAUGCAGCAAGUCGUCAAUUCGUCAAGGACUGGGCUAGAGAGAUGGGAGAUGGGCGAGAACGACACACCUAUUUCUCUUUCUCGCCAGUGGGGAAUUGGUCAUCCUUGAUUUAUCCCGAGGCCGUUCCGGAGAGAUUGGGUGUCUUAGCAUACCUGUCUGACUUGGGAUUGAUUCAUGAUGACGGCGGCGAAGGUCUCAGUAUCGAAGAUGCGCAAGUUGAGCACGGCGAUCUUUAUGCCGCCUUGGAUCCCGACGAUGUCAGCACCAUGACUCCAGAUUCAAGAGCGAUGAAGACCAAAAAACUUGUUUCGCAGUGCAUUCUUGAAUGUGUCAGUCUUGACCGUGAAUUGGGUCUGAAGAUGCUUGCUGCGUUCCGCGACGUCUGGCUCGCGAUCAGCGAAAGAAACAGCGACAAGGAAGCUCAAACUAUGGAAGAAUACCUGAAGUAUCGGAGCGAAAACGGCGGAAUGCUGGUAUUCUGGCCAAUGCUUCAAUUCAGCCUUGGGAUGUCUAUCUCAGAAGCCGAGGAAGCACUUGUACAGCCCAUCAUCGACGCAGCCACUGAAGGACUUCUUCUAGCAAAUGACUAUUUUAGCUGGGAACGGGAGUAUAGAGAACUGCAGUCCGGCCAGUCGAAGAGGAUUGUAAGCGCUGUGGACUUGUUCAUCAGGACGAAGGGACUUUCGAUCGACGACGCAAAAGAUGAAGUCAAGCGCAAAAUCAUCACGGCUGAGCGUGACUUUUGUGAGCGCCGUGAUGAACUCUACAAGGCCUGUCCCGACAUAUCCUUGAAACUGAAACGUUGGAUUGACUGCGCUGGCUUAGCUGUUUCGGGGAAUCACUACUGGUGCUCGGCGUGCCCGAGACAGAAUGCAUGGAAGCACGCUGAUACACCUAUCUCCAAUGGUGUCAAAAGAAAGCUGUCGCAUGGUGCUGUGGUCAUCAAACAGGAAGCUCCGGCGAAGAAAAGGAAAGACUCUCCCGUCUUUGACUUGGAAUCCAGCGACAGUGAGUCUGGCCUCUCUGAGGUCUCCAGUUACCCCUUCUACAAGCCUUCAGAAUUGGCACUGAAGGCGCCAUCAAAGUAUGUUUCAAGCAUGCCUUCGAAAGGCGUCCGGGCCACACUCAUCGAGGCUCUUAAUACAUGGCUUCAUGUGCCAUCUGAUCGGAUCAAGGCCAUCAUGUCAGUGAUCAAUUCACUGCAUAACGCCUCUCUCAUUCUCGAUGAUCUCGAGGAUAAUUCCCCGCUUCGAAGAGGCUAUCCAUCGACACAUGUUCUGUUUGGACAGGCCCAGUCAAUCAACAGCGCUAAUUUCAUGUUCGUUCGCGCUGUACAGGACGUCGCACAGAGCUUGAGUCCAGCUGCUCUUGUUGCGGUCCUUGAAGAACUUGAGGGCCUGUAUCUAGGUCAAAGCUGGGACCUGUACUGGAAACACAACCUCGCAUGCCCAAGUGAGGCUGAGUACGUCAACAUGGUCGAUCACAAGACCGGUGGCAUGUUUCGCAUGUUAAUACGACUCAUGCAAGCGGAGAGCGAGGUGACACCGCAGUUAGACUUCCACAGAUUGACACUGCUGUUCGGCCGCUUCUUCCAGAUUCGGGAUGACUACAUGAACUUCCAGGAUUACACGGCACAAAAAGGUCUCUGUGAGGAUCUAGACGAAGGAAAAUUCUCGUAUCCAGUUGUAUACUGCUUGGAAAAUUUUCCGGAGUACCGUGGGCACUUCCUAGGUGUGUUCCGGCAACGCCCUACGAUCGCCACCGUGGACGCACAUCCUCUGUCGAAAGAGAGCAAGCAACAUUUGACGGCUUGCCUGAAGAAAAGCGGAGCAUUUGAGAAGACGAUUGCUUGCCUGACGGAUAUGGAACGCGAUUUGGAAAUAGAAAUCGACCGGCUUGAGCAGCAGACAGGCGAGGCGAACCCAAUGCUUCGCUUGUGUCUCGCAAAGCUCAGCGUCAAAGGCAUUGCGAGGAUUGGUGAAGUAGGCACUAGCAAAUGA